CCUCGAAUAGGCGCCGGGCGUCUAACGUGUGCUCGAGCCACAUCGCUUUUGCGUCCUUCUCCGCGUGGGCUGUCGCGCGAGGGGGAAAUGACUCUGAUCUACUCCUUUACUUCAGGCUGUUGUACGCGCCUCGGCCUUGCCUUCAUUUUGCUAUGUAUAAUUCCUCUAUUCCUUCUCUCCCCGUCUCCCUCGCGCUUCGUCCCCUUAUUUCUUCUUCGUCCCUCCACUUCUUCCUUGUCCCUCUUAUCCUCCUAUCAUACUGAUAUCACCCCUUCACAACAUCUGCUGCCACCUCGCCUCCCGCCGCCUGUUGCCGCCUCGCCUUCCGCCGCCUGCUUAUUCCCCAUCCCAAGCUCACUUCGUUUCUGAUCCCUUUGUACCCGAUUAGGCAAGCCUUGUACUUCGCGGAUCACUCUGUCCUUUAUGGUCGCGGAUCACCCUGUCUUUUAUGGUCGCGGAUCACAUCAACAAUCAAAAUUUCUUCCUCCGCUUGA